AGAGCCCAGGCAAAGUGCAGAUCCAUACAGUCUCGUAAUGUUUGCUCUUUUCAAUUUGCCGUCUUAGUCCAGAGUUAACACGCACCGCUAACAACAAAACAAAUAGAACACACGAAAAUAGUGGUCAAAACUAUUUCACGUCAUUAUCAUGUGUGAUAAGGGACUAUGGUCAAAGCUAUUUGAUAUUUUGAUCCCCCCUAUAGAGGGCGUUAUGUCCCAUAAAUAUCUUACCAGAUAAUUAUCGUAAACAACAUCCUGUCAUAAAAGUCGUAAAUGCCCUAAGCUUAUUAGGAUUAACCAGUCCAAGUAGAGUAGGUCAUAUCAGCUGUUCUAUACUUACCACUGCAACCACCCUACACGUGCAUACACUAUAUCAGUAUAUCCUAUCGGAUGGCAGAUCAGCACGUCCAAGGCCCCAAAUUUAAUAGCCGCACAGGUGUUGUUGUUGUCCUAACCGCCUACGAAAAAUUUCAACCGCUGAUUAUCAUUUUACGAUAGACAAAGUAAUUCAUUCUUGAACUAAUCUUUUCAACCGCUAUAAGAUCACGUCCCUGUUAAAAUUGAACUAACCUCAAACGCUUCUUUGCACCGUUCACAGUCGGGAUUCCGAAGUCGGACUGUUCGUCUAUUCACAAGUAAACUUGCGUUGAUUAUUAAAACAAAAUUAAUAAUCAUGGGUGCGAAUUUUGUCCGGAUUGUUCUCGUCACGUUCACUCUCGUCUACUCCGCGACGCUUACAGAUGCUAAUUACGAAUAUUACGAUCCUGGAUCCGGCACGGCCGGGAUGAUGGCCAAAAUGAAUCGGAUGGAGGGCGAAAUCCAGAAAGUUUUGGCGUCCGACUGUCCCGCCCAGACGAAUGAUUUGUCCACUUACAUGCAGACGCUCUGGUGGCCCAACAUCCAGUACCAGAUGGCGAGAAUUCCGACUCAAGAGCAAGUGCCAGUCCAGCAGCAAUACGCUCGUCUCCAGUACAUGCUCGGAAUGAGGAAAUGUCCGUCGACUCAAGAAACUUUCUACCAAGGAGAGUGCCAUGAAAUCGGAGUCCCUGGUAAUCCUUGUCCUAGAAAUCAGCAACUCUACGACAGACCGGACAACAAUGGCUACUGCUACUGCCAACAAGGUCUGAGCGAUUUCGUUUACAUGGACGGCCAAUGUUACCAGCAAAACGAGCAGGGACCUUGUGACGACGACCAGUGGCUAGUGGUGAGGGAAGAUCGAACUCCCGCCUGCCAACAAGUACCUAGAGGAUGUCCAGCUGACGGCCAACACGUCUACUGGAGUUGCGGAGUUAAUACCGAAUGCCAGCGUCAAACACGGAAGAAUUCGAUGGGUAAAUGCAGCCGACUGGGCAGCCAACAACCUUCUUGCGGCGUCGGAGCCAAACUCUAUCGUACUGGAACCAACUAUUACUGCGGAAGACCGAGAGUGACGGUCGACGACUGGGAGGAGCCCAACGUGAUUUUACCACCGCCCAGUUCAACGUGCAGCAACACGGUGUUACAAGUUCCACAAGCUCCACAACCUUUGCCAGUUUAUGCAAGUCUGCCAGCAGUUGCAAUUACUGGAUACCGACCGUGCCAUAGGGGCUAUAAUCGAGACUGGACUGGAAGGUGUAGGAGAAUGGUUGCACCUCGAUAUUGAUUGGCAAAAUCUUUCAACAUUUAGUCAGAUUGGUAGCAAAUUUGUAACAAAGGUCACUGACGAAUGUGUCAAUCAUAAAUUCUGGCCAUUAUGGAUAAUAUCAGUAAAAUAAACUCUUGUUAACCGAACUCGUUCCUAUAACCAUCUUGUUCUUCAUUCGGUUUAGUCAUUACUAAUAAUAUCUAGCUAACUUGGUUAGUAAGAAAAACAGUAUCGUAUGCAUCGGUACAUCCACAUUCACAUUUGGAAAUUUCAACUGCGGAUGUGGUUUCCCGAACGAAUGGCAAACAAAUAAGCGCUUGUUGUUUUUCUGACUGAAAAGUGGCGAUAGCGCAGUAGGUUUCCACCCAGUCGCAUUCCGGCAGUCCAGUCUCAGACAUUAGUCGCAAGUAUCAAACUGCAAUUAAUUCAGGAUCCUUGAGACGUACAAUCUCUUAAUUGUUAAUUACCCGCCACGGCGCCAGUCUACAAUUAAUUCGUAAAUAUUCGAGAUGAAACUGAUAACUAUUCAAGGCUGUUGGUUUAUUGUUGUUUUGCUGGCCGUGACGUCACCGGUUCGUUCAGCAGUGCCAUUCGAGCGGGUUACAAACGGACCGCCAGUUAACAAUUCACAAAAGAUCAAAUCUUAAGAGUCGCCAUCACAGAUGUUCGAUUUUGUCCGUCGGGUCUUUAUCGAGAUCUGACCGGUCGUUGUCGCGAGCCAUUUUCCAAAAUUAAUUAAUCAGCAAUAUUAUUUUGCCUAUCAAACAAUAAACUGUCCAAUCAACUAUGUAACAUUAAUUUUCAAUACAUAAUUUCGGAACCAUU